GAUCAUGUAAAUGCAGUAUCCAACAUCAACAAUGUAAACACAGUUUAAACUGUUUUUCUUCUACAGAUUCUACCACAGUGGGGCUCACAAUGCAGAAUAUAACAUCUACCGAUGCUGUCACCACCUACACUGCUGUGUCAUCUGCUGUGACUGGCUCAAUUACGUCAAGCUCUACAAUGUCACCCAUAACCGGCCGAUUUAAGCUGCAGAUGUCAUUUAGCAUGUUACGGAAUUUCACAGAGGACUUAAAAGACCCCGCAACAAUGAUGUACAAAAAUUUAAAAAAUAACAUCGAAUCAGCACUCUGUGAAAAAUACAAAUAUAUAUCGGGGUUUAUUCGAGUAGAGGUAACUAACUUCAGGCCUGGAAGUGUGAUUACUGACUUCUUAUUACAGACCAACCAACUGAAUUCCACUGAAAUCGCAACAGCAAAUGAUAAAUUUGUGGCUGAUCUUGUAACCAAAGGGUUUAAUGCUGACUCUGAUUCUUUUCAAGGAGUUCUUCAUGGACCAGAACCUUUCACAAAGAACUAUGAGAUGAUAUAUCCUGGUAACACCAUGGAGCUGACAUGCAUGGUCCCAGAAUCAAUGCAAAAAGGAAGCGUGUCGUGGUUUGUGAAUAAUGUACCAGUGUAUAAUAAUACAAAGUACACAAUCACCAGCUCAACUCUAAAACUUACCGUUAAGGAUAUAAGCACUGAUGACAGUGGAACAUACAGAUGCAGCAUGAAGGAUACGAUUUUGAUUUUCCUCCAUGAAGAACUCAUUAAGGUGACGAAUGUUGUCGCUCCAAUGGUCAAACUCAGCAGAUGGCAAUUGAACAGCCCGUGUGACAGUACGGAAGAAAUUAGCUUGGAGUGCUGUGUCACAUACAACAAUAUCGAUGACAUUGAGGCCAAAUGGAUGGCCAGUGUUGAACUCUCAACCAAUGUUCACCCUGAAAGCAACAUAAAAUGUUUUGUCCAUUCUUUUAACACUGAACAAGGAAAAUGUGACCCAAAAACUUUUACCUGCCAAGUAAAAAACAGAGGAAAAAUCAUCAAUGAAAUGAAGGCCACAGUGAACUUUUUCUCAGGAGCCUGGUUUUGA